GGACGCUAAAGAUAAAUGACGUCAGCGGAAGAGGCGGGGAUUAGCGCCGGUUACGAGUGACUAGUGCUUUUGUCAGUUAUUCAGCGCGCGCAGCUACCGAGGAAAAUGGAAGACAACAGCGGAUUUCGCCCGUCGGCCGGGAAUCUGGACGAUCCUCCCAACAGCCGGGUGUUCUUGGUGGUCAGUAAGUCGCUGACGGAGGACACGAUCCGGGAGAAAUUCGCCGAGUUCGGAGACAUCCAGGACAUCUGGGUUGUGAAGGACAAGUACACGAAGGAGUCCAAAGGUAUCGCCUUCGUGAAAUACGCUAAAUCGUCCCAGGCGUGCCGGGCUAUGGAGGAGAUGCACGGCCGAGGCCUCAGCGACAACACCAAGCCCAUCAAGGUAUUUAUUGCCCAGUCACGAGGAUCCACAAGUCACAAAGAAGUGGAGGAUGAAGAGCUGACAAGGAUCUUUGUCAUGAUCCCUAAAUCAUAUACAGAAGAUGAUGUGAAGAACAAGUUCAAGGAAUAUGGACCAGUAGACUAUUGUUCAAUUAUUAAGAAUAAAAGCACAGGAGAAAGCAAAGGACUGGCCUAUGUGCGAUUCCAAAAGCCUUCCCAUGCUGCCUUGGCAAUAGAAAAUUGUGACAGAAGUUACAAGGCAAUCCUAGCAGAACCCAGAAACAAAGGUUCAUCAGAAGCACCAGAUUACCACGGCUCAUCUCGGCAGCAAGAACCCCUGCUGCAUGAACCUGCAGCUCCUGUGUAUUCUUACAGUCAACCUGAACAAUAUGACUAUUCCCUUUAUGACAAAGUUGCUGAUGCAAGAAACCAGGAAGGUGUGUCCAAACGCUUAACAGUUGUGUCCCGGGUUCCCUUGGUCCAGGAUCAGCUGUACAGUUUGUUUGAUCUUAUUCCAGGACUUGAGUUUUGUGAGGUCCAGCGGGAUAUGUAUUCAUCAUUUGCUCACGCUGUGGUGCAGUAUCAGAAUAUCUCAUCCGCAAUUUAUGCCAAAUUCAAGCUACAUGGUUUUGAAUAUCCUCCUGGGAAUCGUCUUGGAGUCACUUAUCUAAAUGAUGGAGGCGAUGGCACAGAACUUCUUAAGAAAAUGGCCUCCAACAUGGUUGCCGCUCAGGUAAAUUCCAUGGUUUGGGGUCCCCAGGUUACACAACAAUACCCACCAACUGGUCCUGCCUAUGAUCGAGCAUAUGCCCCCCCUGUUGCUUCUCAGCUUCAGACAGACGCUACCCUUCCAGCAUACAAAAAGAAGGCUUCUGCUGAUGCACACUGCAAGGAGAGACUGUUCAUUGUGUUCAACCCUCACCCGCUAAGCCUGGAUGUGAUGGAAGAUGUGUUCUGUCGCUUUGGAAAUCUGAUAGAAGUUUACAUUGUUCCGGGGAAAAACGUUGCAUAUGCUAGAUAUUCAGAAUUGUACAGUGCAAAUGAUGCCAUAGCUGCACUACAUGGAAAGAUGGUAAACGGUGUGAAACUGAAAGUGAUGCAAGCAGAUUCUCCAAAAGAUGAGUCCAACAAGAGGCAAAGAACAUACUGAAUUUGUAAAUCCCAGGGAAAUAAAUCCUAAAGUAGGAGGAAUAAGAACUGAUCCUCAAAGUAGAGGCUUAUUCUUCCCCUCUCACUGCAGACGGUUAUUGUAUGUAGUCCUUGGUUGAUGAUUUUUGAGUGACUUUUUUUAUUCCGAAAUUUUUUAUUUUAUUUAUUUUUUAAUAAUUGUAUUGUGCUCUUUCUACAGAACAGAGACUAAAUAUGACAUGACCCUCACCUGACUGACUGAAACGUGACAGGAGACAGCUUUUAUGUACUGGUUUAGGAAAUGUUUGUGCACUGUCUGUCGAUGGACAGAAAAUAAUCUUAAUGUAUGUUUUAAGAUCCUUUUUAAAUCCUUUAACGAUAAUUACAGUGCAUAUUCAACUGUUUUUUCAUUUCUGUGUGUAUACUGUUGAUUUAUGCAAUGAAUAAAAAAAAGUAAAAAAAAA